UCAUGGGUGCCGGCGGCAGAAUGACGGAGAAGGAGCUGCGUGGCCGCACAGGCGCCGUUGAGAUCUUCGAGCGCGCGCCGUCGGACAAGCCGGCGUUCACGCUGGCCCAGAUCAAGAAGGCAAUCCCGCCUCACUGCUUCCAGCGUUCGGUGAUCAUGUCCUUCUCCUAUGUGGUCUAUGACCUCGUCAUGGUGGCGUCCCUCCUGUACGCCGCGCUGGUCUGGAUCCCAGCACUCCCGAUCAUGCAGCAGCUGGGCGCCUGGCCGCUCUACUGGUUUGUGCAGGGCUGCGUCAUGACCGGCAUCUGGGUGAUCGCCCACGAGUGCGGCCACCACGCCUUCUCCGACUACUUGCUGCUGGACAACAUGGUCGGCCUGGUGCUCCACUCGUGCCUGCUCGUCCCCUAUUUCUCGUGGAAGUACAGCCACCGCCGCCACCACGCGAACACCGGCUCCAUGGAGAACGACGAGGUGUACGUCCCAAAGAAGAAGGAGGCGCUGCCAUGGUACACCCCCUACAUCUACAACAACCCCGUGGGGCGUCUGGGGUACAUCGUGGUGCAGCUCACCCUCGGGUGGCCCAUGUACCUGGCGCUCAACACCUCCGGCCGCACGUACCCGCGCUUCGUCUGCCACUACGACCCCUACGGCCCCAUGUACAGCGACAUGGAGCGCGCGCAGGUCUUCGUCUCGGACGUCGGCGUGCUGGCCGUCUCCUUGGGCCUACUGAAGCUCGUGUGGGCCUUCGGGUUCUGGUGGGUGAUGCGGGUCUACGGGGUGCCGCUGCUGGUCGUGAACGCGUGGCUGGUCGUCAUCACCUACCUGGCUCACACCCACCCGGCGCUGCCGCACUACGACUCCACCGAGUGGGAAUGGCUGCGCGGGGCGCUCGCCACCAUGGACCGCGACCUGGGCGUCCUCAACCGCGUCUUCCACAACACCACCGACACCCACGUCGCGCACCACCUCUUCUCAAGCAUACCGCACUACCACGCCAUGGAGGCCACCAAGGCUAUCAGGCCCGUCCUCGGCGACUACUACCAGCUCGAAUCCAACCCCAUCGCCAGGGCAACAUGGCGCUCCGCCAAGGAGUGCAUCUACGUCCAGCCCGAGGAUCGCAAGGGAGUAUUCUGGUACACCAACAAGUUCUAGCUAGCGCCGCCAUCAUCCUUUCCUACCAAGUAAUAAUCGUCGUAGUUCAGUCGUCCGUGUUGUCGCUACCACCUAGUGCGUGGGAUGUCGUCGGUUGUUGUUUUCCCCUGCGCUGGCUUCUUCUUCGGCUUGUUGUUUGGGCUGGGUAGGGCCAUGAAAAAACUUGUAUCUUCGUGUGUCCUCGUGAUGAUGUACAAUAAAAAUUGCCCACGGCUGCUUUGCUUUGUGUGGUUGUAUUCUCUUUUGAACCGAGAUAC